GAUGGACAGUGCUACUGACAAAGCAGUUGAUGAGAGAAAUACAAGUCAUGAUUCCUAUCUGGAAGAGAAACAACUUCUCCAGAGUAAGAUUGAUGGAAUGGGUGAUGAGGUGAAACAGAAGAGUGAUGAAAUGGCGAAAUAUCUCGCUGAAAAAAAGAAGAAACAUGAACUAAUGAUGAAGCAGGGUAGAGAAGACAUAGCUGCCCUUCAAGCUACACUAGCUGCCCUCAAGACACAGGCAACCAAAAACAAUACAGCAAUAUCUGGGCGUGUUGACAAGUUGAAGUCGAUGCGUGAUGACAUUGAACAUCUACAAGAAGAGGCAGAUAAAGCUCUAGAAGACAAGGAACACCUGCAGGCUGAGGUUAAAGAAACUUCUGAGGCAGUUGACAAAGAAAAAGAAUUACUGGAGUUACAAGAGAAGGCAACAUCAAUGAGGUUACAGGAAUUAGAGAAAUCUGCAGAAUGGUUCCAGGACAGACUUGGGCUACAGCUGAGAAAACUUCCAGGUAAUGUGCUACAAUUUGUGUUCUCAUGCCUUGAUCACCAGGACCCAGACAGAAAGUUUGUCUUCUCAGUAAAAGUUGAUGACAGUGGAAAAUAUCACAUCUCAGACUGUCAUCCUGAAGUAGGCGGUCUUGAUGAGCUGGUAGAGAAACUGAACUCCACUAACAAUCUCAGAUCUUUCAUAUUGACAAUUAGACAAAAGUUUAAAGAAAUUGUAUGAGGAACUUUGUGUAAAUAUGCUGACAAAGGAGUCAAGUUUUAAAAUGCCGAUUGAUAAGAAUAGAUAAUGAAGAAACAUAUGUUAUUGAUAAGUUGUGUCAAUCAAACAUCAUUUGUGAAGAAAUAAUCUUAUUAUUGGAAGAAAUCACACAGCUUAAGACUAAACCACCAGACAAUUGUAAGAUACUUAUAUAUCCACUUACAAGAAAUGGGGCUCAUUUUUCCAAAGGGGUCUUCAUUCUUCAACAUAGUGCUUUUU